ACCAACUUACCACAACACCUACCUAGUCUAGGUACUAUUUCUUCCGCCUGGAACAAUGAGAAAGAUGCUGAGGCACACAUCAGUAGCGGUGACGCCUCGUCUUCCACUUGGCUUGCUGCAACUGGUGUCGCGUGCAUAAGCGUGAGGCCCCUCUCUGCUCUGCUCUGCAUUCGCGUUGUUUGGAGAGGAGCAGGAAAAAAGUUACAACCCGGUUUUUAGCUGUACGAGCUACAAGCAAGCUCCCGGAAUGGCCAAGUCCCCAUCGGGUCCCAGCGGAAGAGGAAAGAAGAGAGGAUUGCGGUGUGCAAUUCGAUCCAAUGCUGAUCGUGUUGUGCGUGGUUGGGCUCUUUUGUUUAUUUAUUUUUGUUCUUGUGUAUUUUCUUAUUGGUACCCGUCCAUUAUAAGGUAUCAAGAGUGAAGCAAGAAAAAUGCGGAGCUAGCCUUUGUAUUUAGUUUUCUUCUUCCCUCGUCUUUCCUCUCCCUUUCCCUUCUUCUUCUCUUCUAGGUCAGUCAUUGAUAUGGCCCUCCUCCAAUAAAACCUCAUCUGUUUGGGUUGGAGAGGAGAAGACGACAAGAAUUGAGCUCAAAUAUACUCAUCGAGCCUCUCUCUAUCGGAAGGGAGAGGCAUUGUUGCGGGCUGCCAGCCCAGUGUAAAACUGGCUGGAGAUCAGCAACCUUUACUGGUUCAUCUCCCUGACCGAAUAUUUCGUACAUAUCGAAUUCCUUCCAUCACCGCCUCAUCCUUCACCUCCACCUUCACCUCUGGGGCUGAUUCCAUUCCGAGCAAAUCACGUCUCGGAGGAAAAAAAAGUUGUCCCCUAAAAAGGACAGCCAAUCUUAUCGGUAAUCUGGACAGUACCAGUUUAUCACUGGAUAUUGCACUACUCCCGUACAGAACAACAAAUUAAACUCCCCCUUCUCCCACCAUCACGGUGCAAUUAAUCUUGCAACAUUCCGUUCAUUCUUGGACUCAAAGCCUUUUCGAAGUUGCUGAUAAAACUGCGUCUCGCUUGUGGCUUCUCCUUUGAUUAGCCUGCGCCUCGUAUCCCAUCCCCUUAACAUGUGUUAUUUCUUCCUGCCAGCUUGUCCUCAAUUUUUCUCUGCUGCCUGAAUCCACAUUCAUUAUCACUUUCUUUGCGCUAACUUCUAAUUUCUUCAUUCAGCUCAUCACCAGAGUAUCCAUUCUUUCACAUUGAACACGCAAUUCCGGAUCGAUAAUUCUGUUGCCUACCCUCCAAGGCCAUAAAAGCAUCCACUCGAUUCACUAGGUAGUCUAUACUCCUUCCACACCAACAACAUCAAACCCUUUCUACGAGAGUUCGUCGCACGAAUCAGCCAUCAUGUCUCGCAUUCAGAUCCCUCUCGACGUUAUCACGUCCCGCCUCAACUUCGGCGAUCGCUUCCAGGGUCUUCGAUCUGGUCCCCUCAGCGGCCGCUUCUCCAACUUGCGACCCGUUGGCGAGUUUCUCGACUUCAAGCGUCUCUCUAAGCCUGCCAACUUUGUUGAGAUGCAGUCGCGCGUCAACUACAACUUGAGCCACUACUCCAGCAACUAUGCUGUUAUCUUUGUUAUGCUGAGCAUUUACGCCCUGCUCACAAACUGGUUGCUGCUCUUUGAUAUCAUCCUUGUAGUUGUCGGCAUGUGGUUCAUUGGCAAGCUCGAUGGCCAUGAUCUCGAGAUUGGCACUUUCCGUGCUUCUUGUUCGCAGCUUUAUACUGCACUCGUUUGCGUCGCCGUUCCUCUGGGUCUGAUUGCUUCACCUUUCACUACCCUACUCUGGCUCAUUGGCGCAUCUGGCGUGACCAUCCUCGGUCACGCUGCAUUUUUGGACAAGCCCAUCGAUGAGGCUUUUUCCGGGGAGGCGGUCUAGGUGGUCGGCCGCAAUCUCCCGAAUUCGCGCCCCAAUGGGGAAGACCAUCGAGGCGCAGUCGGAGGAGAACAGACGGGGACUCUGCGUCUCGCGGACGUCAAGGAAGAGACGUUCGUGUGGAGGAAUUGGAUUCGGAUGAGGAUGCACGAGGUGUUGGUGCCAGUUCAGGUACCCGCUUUGCUAGCGAUUCUCUUCGUUUUACGGGAAUAGAUUUGGGUAACCGAGAACGGGGCUUGGUACGAAGGGGUGAUUAUCAGGAUUCGGAGGACUCGGAGGAUGACAGUGACAGCAGUGAGGAUGAGGAGUUUGAACAGUAUCUUGCCGAACUGGCUGUUCGUGAUCGGGAGGAAGCCCUGGUCCAGUCGGCAAUGCACAGAAUCGAGCGUGCAAAGGCCAAGGGAAGAACAGAUGUUGAUCUCAACGAGGAAGAAAUGGGUGCUCUGGAGCGACGACGAAAGAGAGACGAGGCAGCGAAGAAGAAGAAGAGCGGCAAGAAACGUAAGGACCAGCGAGUCGCUGUGCCACUUACCCAGCUCGAGCCGUCAUCGCGCAAAAAGAAAGCACCCCCGGUCUCUAGUCAACCACGCACACAGUCGCGAGCCCGGCAAUCUUCUUCUAACAGCAACCUUACCGAGGAUCAAGACCGUUCGUCACGCCCUUCCAUGGGCUAUUUCCCACCACCAGCGACAGCCGGCCGACCACGCUCAGGGACCUCGUCACAAAGACCUCAAAGUAGAGUUAGGGCCCCUUCUAAUAGUCGUCAGCCUUCUGAUAGCUCGGUGAUUGUUCGUCGUGGUAGGAACUCGAGUCAAGCUCCCCUCGAUCCCUUUCAGUUCCAGGUUCCAGGCGCCCAGGCCUCGAGUCCAGCUGGAUCAUGGAGACAAUUCUCAGGGGCCCAGCGUUCAUCACGGGGAUCCCGUCAAAUCGACGGGUCAAGCGAGGAAGAGAGCGAGAGCGAGGAUGAGUCUGAUGAGGAAAGAGAAGCAUCAGUAGAGACGACAUCUAGCGAUGAUGUUGGCAGUGGAGCUCAAAUUGUCGUUGAAGAAUCAUCUCCUGAGCCUUCUAAGCCCGAGCCAGUCAGGAGGAAUCCACCUCGUACUUCUGCCUCAUCAUCCACGUCCAAGCGAAAGCCUGCGGCGAAUGGUGGGCGAAGGAAAAAGUAGAGAGUUAUGAUGCUAGACUAUAGGAGAAAAAUACCACCCUGUUCAGAAAAUUCACAUCUCUAUUCAUUAUUUGUAGACUAUCGAUUCGUCUUGCCAGAAUGUAUCCAUCUCUUAG